CGCCUGCUCUCACCACUUCCUCCCUCUCGGCCCGGUCCUCUUCUUCCUCUUCUCUCCUCCUCCUCAUCUUCCUCCAUCGCAUGUCCUUCCUCUGCAAUGCCGCCCAGAUUUAAGGACCCGUUCCUCUCCCUCGCCCCCGACCGCAUCGCCUCCCUCGACGCGUCCGACGAAGAAAAUCUCUUCUCCUUCUGGACCGUCUUCUCCAAGUGCGCAGAGAACCUCGAGAACGGCCGCCGCCUCGAAAACCUCUCCUGGCGCCUCUGGAACCGCGACCACCACUCCUCCGACCCCGUCCCCGACCUCUCGUCCUCCGUCGACUCCGUCGCUUCUGUCUCCGCGCAGGAUCACUCCGUCCCCGCCUCCGCAAAACAACACCACAACCACUCCUCCUCCCUGCAUCAUCCGCGCUCCGACACCGCCGAGCGCUUCCACCGCGUCAUAGAGUCCAUCAGCUGCGAUGACCUCGACUGGCGCAAACUGCGUGCCCUGCACAACCAAAAAACAUCCACAUCCACCUCCGCCUCCUCCACCACUGCCACAACAUCCAUCCCCCAGCCAUCACUCACCCCCGUCGCUCCCGCCACCCAACCCGACUCUUCGCCCGUGAAGUACACAAAUGACGGCCACGAGCUCUCCAUGCGCUACUCCGACGCUGAAUCCACCGACGACGACGACAACCACUCCAGAGACUCCGACGACCACUCGGACGACGACGGCCGUGUGCCCCGGCUCCACCGCGUGGCGCCAUCCACAACCAGCAUCGUCCGCGGCUUCUCGCCAUCCGCCAUCUCCGUCCACUCCGUCCGCAGCGAGCUCUACAUGAGCGCGCCCCGGUCACAGCCUUCUGCUGCUGCUCUCGCUAGUGCUGGCGCGGCUCCUGCCAGUGGGUUCGCCGCCCGGGUAGCGGCCCGGUCUUCCGGCGUGCACACAUCUUCCACAGCCGAGCCCGCCGACAAGAAGAAAAUGUUUUUCAUCGAGUCCUCUCCGAGCGAGUCUGACGGCGGCUUUGGCGAGAGCGUUUCUCCGUCUACUAACGUAGGAGCGGUCGCACCCCACAACUAUAAUCUCAACAUCAACAACACCAACAGCAACUUAUCCUCAUCCCUGCGCAACUCCUUCACAGCAAAACGUCCGGCUUUGGCUCCCAUGACUCCAGUGACCGGACCAGCAAAAUCUGUUUCAUUAGGCGGUAACGGCAGCAGCAGCAGCAGCAGCAGUAAUGCUCAUGCCGCUCUUGCGAAAAAGAAAGCAUCGUUCAAAGAAGAGAUCAUUACGAUUCCUUCGUCUGGUGAGAUAGAAGAAGACGAGGAUGACGAGGAUGACGAGGACGAUAUGGAUGAUGAUGAUGACGACGAUAUUUCGGAAUCAGCUAUCGACGACGCAGACUCAGACUGGGACUCGGUCGAGGAUGAGGGUCCGUCUAGCUUCGAUGAGAGCACUUUCUUUGUGCGCGAGCGGUCACUUCCUACUGUUCCUUCUCGACGAUCACUUUUGUCGUCGCUGCUCGGUGGAGAUGAAGAUAGACACCAGCAUCUUUUGUCUACACGAUCCUCGCCAGCUUUGGCAAUGAGCAACACAAGGCAGCAGCAACAGCAACAACAACAACAGCAACGUCGGGUGAGUGCGCUGGCGACGGGUAUCGCUGCGGCAAAUACUAGUGCGAUCGAGGAAGAGUCGGCAGCUACGUCGGCUAGUUCUACAGAGUCGGCGGGAUCACCUAGCAGAGACAGUCGGAAUAACGCGGCAGUGCCGGUUCCGACUGCAGCUGCCAGGAAAGCGUCGAACGGGGUGCCAUCGAGUCAUGCGACAGUGCCAGCGAUGCCUACAUUAUCGCCUCGGAGCACGCGAAGAAAUAUGCUUGCGACGGAGCUUUCGGAGAGUUUGCGACGCAACUUGCUUUGGGAGCGGCAGCAAAAGACAGUUGCUACGGCAGCCGUGCUAAAGAGACGUCACACAUCUCACGACGUCUCUCACCUGACUACUUUUCCGGAGCCAACGGGAAGCGCACGAGCCGGUGCAAGCGGGCGGAGAGAUGCUGGACCAUCGAUGACUAGUCAGACCGUUACCGAGGGACAGCACGCGAGUUUCGAGGAGGAAAGGGAGUUUGAUCAUACGGAGUUUGGGUAUCAUGCUCGCGGAUGGUAGCCUCACCUCAGAAAAAAGUCAGAAAAGUUUAAAAAAAGGGAGACUGUACUAGGAUAGGAGGGAGCCAGCUUUUUUUAUGUUUUGCAUUUCUGCGUCUGCAUAUGGUUGUUUGUUAUGUUCUUCUUCUUAUUUCUUUCUUGCUGCGGGCCACAACUACCCUGUACAUCUCUUUUUUCAUUCUCGAGCUGCUCUUUAGUUUUCUUUAUUAUAUUGCAUUUGGGCAGUUUUCAGUUUACUUUCUAUUCUAGUUUAUUUUCAUUUUGAUUUGUUGCAGGACUUUCUACUUGUUCAGCAUACAAGUAAGUCCAGAAAAGCUAGGAUGUUUUUUCUUUUCAUCUGAAAUAUCAGAUAUUGUUUACUCUAAUCAUCUAAUGAACUAAUCGACUGCGUUGGGCGCUUCUUCUUCUCUUCUAUUUACUAUUUCCAUUUCCAAAUAUAAACGCCGGAUAUCACAACAAGACCCCUGAUUAUGUCAUC